AUGAUAGAAAUAGCUGACUCAAAUAUUAAAAAUUCUCCAGAAUUGUCAGCUUCAGAUAUUUUUGGUAUGGAAUGUAUCUUUCUCACAGAAAACGAUGAAAUUAAUUUAAAAUAUAGUUUGGAUAAAAUAAGUAAGGAUGAUAAAUUAUUGGAGGAGUAUUUAAAUAAUCAAAAAAAUAUAUUUGUUAAUGAAAAGAUGUUGAAUAUAUAUCAAGGUGGGCGAAUACUUGUUGGCAUUAUUUUAAAGAAAGAAUUUAAAUUGUGUGAUGUAAUUUUUGACCUAUCAAACUCCGAAAAACAGUCAGUUUUGAGCAAUUUUACAUGGGAAGGUCAAUACCAAGUAUUAGUUACCAAGGAAAAUAAUUACCUGGAGAUUUAUAAUGAGGGAAAAGAACAAAAUAGUUUGAUGAAUUUAGAUGAUGGAUCAUAUAUUAAUUUAAUAGGGAUUUAUAAUUUGAAUAGUUUAAAAUCAAAAGUUUAUAUUUUUCAAUGUUCCAUUAUUAUUAAACCACAGUAUUGGAAUGAUUUACUAAACUUUGACAUUUUGAUAAAAUACCAUCAAAAUAGCAUUCUUGAUUGUUCAAUAAUAAAAGAUGAAAAUGAUGAGAUUAGUGAUAACUGUGAAUCAGACAAAAAUUUUAAGUAUGGUAGUCCUCUUGGUGAUUUGCUAAUAGUUAAUGAAAUUUCAGAUUCAAAGAUAUUUUCGUACUCACUUUCUAAACCAAUAUUUAUUAAGUUACCACUUACAAUUUCAAAUUAUUAUCUUCAAGAAAGUUCUCAAAUUCUAUUCAUUGAGAUUUUAAAUAUUGGUGAAUCAUCUGAUUCAAUAAUGAUUCAUGAUAUUUUCAGUCAUAAUUUAAAGCUAAAUGGUAAUAGUCCACUUAAUCUUCCUUUUACUUUAGGUAAUAAUCAAUCAUUAGGAUGUUCUUUAAUUAGAGUAAACGACAAAAAGGUUUACAAAUCCAAUAAAAAUAUAGACGAAAAUAAUGGUGAUGUUUCUUUGAUACCCAUAAUUAUCCCAAUUUUUAUUAAAUGGAAAUCCACAAAAUUUAAUUCAAAAUUAAUUCUUACCCAAUUUGCUUUACAAAUCAAUUAUGAUCAAAAAGUUAACAUUAUUCGUUCAAAAGAAGAAAACUAUUCCAAUAUGAUUGGUAUGAUUAAACAUGACAAUAGUAAUGAAAAAAAUAAUAUGAAUAUCUCGUUAUCAUCUUCAUCUUCUUCAGCAAUUUCCUCAUAUUUAUUUAGUCCAAGUUCUCCUCAAGCUUCUGCUCAAUCAAUUUGUUCACCGUUUACUCAAGAGAUUUCUUUCUCUUCAAAAUCGAAUUUGGAUGAAAACUCGAGCAAUUAUAAUAAUAAUUUUGAAGUUGAAAAAAAUAAUACUAAUACAACUCCCAGUAAUGAUAAUGAUUUAGAGAUUGAACCAAGUUUUAACUUUAAAGCAACAUGUACCUUUGAUCGCAUUUCAAAAUAUCCUGGUGAAACAGUUUAUUUACUUAUUGAAGUAUUUCCAAAUGAAAAAGAUAAAUCUUUAAAUUUACUUGUAACUGUGGAAUAUAAUGAAGCUUCACCAAUUAUUCCAUUAUACGUUUCAAUGCCAAUUAAUUAUUUUCCAGAAUCUUCUUCUUCAUCAUAUUCAUCAAAUAUUUAUGAGCAUCCAAUUUUACUAUAUCCACUUAAAAUAUGUUAUCCUGGUAUUUAUAAAUGCCCAAAUAUAACCAUUUAUGAUUUUUCUACGAAAUCUAAUUAUUCUAUUAAAAAGCUACCUUUAUUGGUUUGCGAAUAUCCAACAAACAGUAAUAGUUAA